GGGACCCACCCUCAACAACCAACUCCGAACCUCUGCAUGAUUCAACUUCCCUUUUCUCAAAGUCAAUCGCCAAUGCUUCUUCAUUUCAUCUUCUGUUUUUGAAUAUCUCUUUUGAUUUGAAGGUUGAAUAUCCAUGGGUGGAUCUUCUUCUAGAAACCGAAGCGCGCCUGUCCGUGAACAUAGAGGGAUUUACAGAAGAUAUUCCAGAAAUGGAAGCUCAAAGUGGCAAGCAACUUUUGAUGAUAAAGAUGGAAAAGCAAUAUGUCCAUCCCUUAUGGAAUUAUGCACUUACAAAAUAUGUCAACAAGUUCAUCAAUAUGAUACCUUCUCCAUGCUUCCAGGAGAUAUUAGCCAGUUGAUAUUCGACGAGUCGGUUUAUUCUCGACGACUUACUUGGAACAAUCUCGAGGCUUUUCGAGGUUGCGUUCUGCAUGAUAUUGAUUUGGGCGAAUAUCCCGGUGUGGAUGAUAGUUGGAUGGAGGCGAUAUUCUCACACGGAUCAACUUUGCUUUCAGCAGAUCUUUCGGGUUCAAAUGUUACUGAUUGCGGUUUGGUUCAUAUUAAAAAGUGUGUGAACGUCGAGGCCCUAAACUUGAACUUUUGUGAUCAGAUUUCGGACGUCGGCCUUGAUCACAUUAAGGGUCUUUUAAACUUGACAACUUUAAGUUUGAAAAGAAAUAAAAACAUUACUGCCGAAGGAAUGAGUGCACUUUCGGGUUUAGUGAAUUUGUUGAAUUUGGACUUGGAAAGAUGUACAUCGAUCUAUGGUGGUCUUGUUCAUCUAAGAUGUUUAUCAAAGCUUCAAGCGCUUAACCUCAACUGUUGCAACUGUAUUACUGAUGCCGAUAUGGAGCCUCUUUCAGAACUAACGAACUUGAAAGAGUUGCAACUUUCCUCUACCAAGGUGACGGAUCAUGGGGUCGUGUUUCUGAAAGGAUUACACAAGCUUGCAUUGCUGAAUAUGGAACUAUGCUGCGUUACGGCAGCAUGCUUGGAUUCACUUUCAGCUAUUGAGGGUCUGCUUCAUUUGAAUUUAAGCAGAUGUAACAUGACUGGUGAUGGGUGCAAUAAAUUUUCAAGGCUAAAGGGUUUAAAAUCUCUCAAUUUAGGAUUCAAUGAUAUUUCAGAUGAUGUUUUGGUACAUCUGAAAGGUUUGAUAAAUUUGGAGAGCUUAAAUCUGGAUUCAUGUAUAAUUCGUGAUAAUGGACUGGUUCACUUAGCAGGCCUUCAUCGUUUAAAAUGUUUGGAAUUGUCUGAUACAUUAGUUGGAAGCAACGGUCUUCGUCAUCUCUCAGGGUUGGUGAAUCUCGAAAGCUUAAAUCUCUCAUUCACUGCUAUUACCGAUGGAGGUCUAAAACAUUUGUGUGGAUUAUCAACUCUUAAAUCACUUAAUUUGGAUGUUCGCCAGAUUACAGAUACCGGACUUGAAGCUCUUACAAGUUUGACCGGAUUGACUCAUCUGGAUCUUUUUUGUGCACAUAUAACCGAAGCAGGAACCAUCCAUCUUCGGAAUUUUAAAAAUCUCCAGUCUUUGGAAAUAUGUGGUGGGGGAUUAACUGAUGCCGGCGUUGCAAAUAUCAAGGAUCUUCGCUCGUUGAUGCUUUUGAAUCUGUCACAAAACUACUGUCUGACAGAUGCAUCUUUGGAGUUGAUUGCUGGUUUGACUCAGUUGGUUUCCUUAAACUUAUCAGACUCGAGAGUAACGAGUGCAGGAUUGCAGCAUUUGAAGCCACUGAAGAAGUUGAAAUCGCUGAGCUUAGAGUCAACCGAGGUGACUGCAAAUGAUAUUAAAAGUCUUCAGGAAAAUGACCUCCCAAAUUUGGUAACCUUUCGUCCUGAGUAAGUUCUUGUGACGAAAAGUGACCUUUUGUGGUCUUUUUUUUUAUAUAAAGUCGGGAAGUAUCUAUUACGUUAAGUGGCGGUUUUGUCCUUCUCUUUGUGUUGGGAUUGAGUGAUUUUGCAUUUGAAGGUUUGAAUUGUUGAGACAAAUGUAUGCAGUAAGGAUAAAGUUUUUUGUUUCAUGUGGUUUGAUUA